AUGCAUAGAGACCUGGUAGCAUGGGUUGCCGUUCUCCGCAAAAAGUAUGGCGAUAUGUGGGAGGUGUAUGUGGGAUCAGAGAGACACGUAUGGCUAUCGAGAGCCGAUUUGGUGGACAAACUAUUUAGUAUAUCAACGAAGAGUAAUUACAAAUGUAGAACAAAUGGAAAUAGAGCAAUCGACGAGAUAAAAAUGCUAAACCACGGAGUUUUCCUCAAUAGAGAUGUGGAUAUUUGGACUUUCAAUAGGAAGAUGAUGAAGCUCGUGUUAACAUCCGCCGAGUUUAUUGACUAUGCGAUUAAACGCGCGCCGAAAGUAUUCGAGGAAAUGGAGGGAUAUUGGGCAGAAUUGGGAUACGUAGGCAGCGACGACAAAAUAUUUAAUCUUCCAGACUGGUUCCACGCAUUAUCUCUAGACAGCAUAGUAUACUUAUCUACCGGUAAGAACGGUUGCGGUCUUGCAUCCCUCCUCCUCUCUAGCUCCCCUAAUUCCGUAGUACCUUAUUCUACCGAAACUUUGAAUGAGGCCAAGGAACUCCGCAAUUCAUGGUCGAUGUUUUUUGACACCGUGCGCACGGCUAUAUUUGUGCCCGACUUUAUCAGAUUGGGCACUCCGCAUGGAUUGAUACAAAGAAGGAAGUUUCUGAAAAAUUUCCACUGGUUGAACAAUAACCUGCUGACGAUGAUUAGAGAAAAGAGAGCCGAGAUUGAAAACUACUAUAACAAUGAUGGACUAAAAGGCGACUACAAUAUGCUGAAAUUGUUGUUGACUGCGAAUACCUCUCGUGGACCUAGCGUGAAUAGAGGAUCAGAUGAAAUAGACAGAGCCAUGACUGACGAUGAGAUUAGAGGGCUAUUGUUGGAAGUGCUUACUGCGGCUAUAGAAACUUCUGCCAGUCUUAUGUGUUUUGUCGUAUACUUGGUCGGUCAGAACCCAGAAGUAAAGAAAAAAAUACAGGAGGAGGUCGAUCCACUGUUCAGAGAUGAUCCGACACGAAAAUUGCAACUUGAUGACCUGAAUAAUCUUCCCUAUAUCGAAGCUGUCAUAAAAGAAGCCUCGCGUCUUUUGCCUCCUGGGCCCAUUAACUACAGAGUUGCAUCGCAUGAGGACGACAUUGGUGGAUAUAGAUGGAAGGCAGGAACGCAGUUUAUGAUAGACGUGGUUGGUAUUCAAACCCACUCUGCGCACUGGUCUUGUCCUGAAAAAUUCAUUCCUGAGCGGUUUCUUUCUCAAUCUAAAGACAUUGUUAAAAAUUCUAUUCAAACAUUUGGAGGAGGACUGCGUAUAUGUCCGGGCAGACAGUACGCAAUGUUCUUAAUGAAAAUUGUUCUAGCUUCAUUAUAUAAUAGAUAUGACAUAGAGUUGGCUAAUGAAAAUGAGAAACCGGCGACUACAUAUAAGGUUACGCUUUACUGUCAAGGAUUGAAGCCACUUCUACCUCGCUUACCCGCACCAGUUGUAGCUGCCAAAGCACGCCUCCCGACGCCACCCGGACGCUUUCCAACACCAAAGACGCCGGUUAUAACCCCCGAAGUCUUUUCUUCUCCGAAUUCGCCCGAAACGCAAACUGAUUUAAUGCCCAUGCUUCUCCAAGCAGCAGCUCAAGCCGCAGUGAGAGACAAACGACAAGAGCGUAUGGUUAAAAACCGUGCUGCUGCGUACGAAUCUCGGAAAAGAAAACGAGAAGAAGCUGAGAGGCUUAUGAAAGAAAACAAAGACUUAGAAGCUAGAGUUAAUGAGCUCGAACGUACUUUGACUGAAAUAACUAGAGAAAGGGAUGUCGCUUUUCGUGAGAAUCACCGUCUGAAGCUCCGUCUAGAGAAAGAGCGAGCUGGUGACUGA